GAAGCAAACAGGCUUGAUUGAUUUCCGAGGAGGAGGAGGAGGAGGAGGAAGGAGGCUGGAUCGUGGCGAGGACGCAAGACCAAGAGAGAGGGUCUGGUGACCUUUGAGGAGGAGGAGGAGGAGGAGGCAGUAGCUGUGUAUUUCACGGAGGAGGAGUGGGUCUCCUGGAUCCGGGCCAAAGUGUUCCACGCAGGGAAGCCAUGGAGGAGAAUUAUGAGAUUGGAGCCUCUUUCAAACCAGACCUCAUUUCCUGUUGGGAAGAAGGAGAAGAUCCAGUGAUGCAGGAACCCAAAGAAGAGGAGGAGACCUCAGCAGCUGACAGAGAAGUAACUGAACUAUCACUGGAAAAAGCUGAGGAGCAGAUGCAAGAACAGAAACUGAGGAGUCAAGAUGGAGCAAAGAGACAAGAGGAAAGACAGACUCACACAGGAGAGAAACCUUAUCAAUGCUUGGAGUGUGGAAAGAGCUUCAGUCAGAGUAGGACUUUUACUUUGCAUCAAAAAACUCACACAGGAGACAAACCUUAUCAAUGCUUGGAGUGUGGAAAGAGCUUCAGGUGGAGUAGCAACCUUACUUUGCAUCAAAGAACUCACACAGGGGACAAACCUUAUCAAUGCUUGGAGUGUGGAAAGAGCUUCAGGUGCAGUAGCCACCUUACUUCGCAUCACAAAACUCACACAGGGGACAAACCUUAUCAAUGCUUGGAGUGUGGAAAGAGGUUUAGUCAGAAUGGCAACCUUACUUCGCAUCAAAGAAGUCACACAGGAGACAAACCUUAUAAAUGCUUGGAGUGUGGAAAGAGCUUUAGUCAGGGUAGCACUCUUACUUCGCAUCAAAGAACUCACACAGGAGACAAACCUUAUCAAUGCUUGGAGUGUGGAAAGAGCUUCAGGUGGAGUAGCCACCUUACUUCGCAUCACAAAACUCACACAGGGGACAAACCUUAUAAAUGCUUGGAGUGUGGAAAGAGGUUUAGUCAGAAUGGCAACCUUACUUCGCAUCAAAGAAGUCACACAGGAGACAAACCUUAUAAAUGCUUGGAGUGUGGAAAGAGGUUUAGUCAGGGUAGCACUCUUACUUCGCAUCAAAGAACUCACACAGGGGACAAACCUUAUAAAUGCUUGGAGUGUGGAAAAAGCUUCAGGUGGAGUAGCCACCUUACUUCACAUCACAAAACUCACACAGCGGACAAACCUUAUAAAUGCUUUGAGUGUGGAAAAAGCUUCAGUUGGAGUAGCAACCUUACUUCGCAUCAAAGAACUCACACAGGGGACAAACCUUAUCAAUGCUUGGAGUGUGGAGAGUGCUUCAGUCGGAGUGACAAACUUAGUAUACAUGAAAGAAAUCACACAGGAGACAAACCUUAUCAAUGCUUGGAGUGUGGAAAGUGCUUCAGUCGGAGUGACAAACUUAGUAUACAUGAAAGAACUCACACAGGGGACAAACCUUAUCAAUGCUUGGAGUGUGGAAAGAGCUUCAGUCAGAGUGUCCACCUUACUUUGCAUCACAAAACUCAUACAGGGAACAAACCUUAUAAAUGCUUGGAGUGUGGAAAGAGCUUUAGUCAGAAUGGCAACCUUACUUUGCAUCAAAGAAGUCACACAGGAGACAAACCUUAUAAAUGCUUGGAGUGUGGAAAGAGCUUUAGUCAGGGUAGCACUCUUACUUUGCAUCACAGAACUCACACAGGGGACAAACCUUAUAAAUGCUUGGAGUGUGGAAAGAGCUUUAGUCAGAAUGGCAACCUUACUUCGCAUCAAAGAACUCACACAGGAGAUAAACCUUAUAAAUGCUUGGAGUGUGGAAAGAGCUUUAGUCAGAAUAGCGCCCUUACUUCACAUCAAAGAACUCACAUAGGGGACAAACCUUAUAAAUGCUUGGAGUGUGGAAAGAGCUUUAGUCAGAAUGGCAACCUUACUUUACAUCAAAGAAGUCACACGGGACAGACCUUAUAAAUGCUUGGAGUGUGGAAAGAGCUUCAGGAGGAGUAGCAACCUUACUUCGCAUCACAAAACUCAUACAGGGAACAAACCUUAUCAAUUCUUGGAGUGUGGAAAGUGUUUUAGUCGGAGUGACACCCUUAGUAAACAUGAAAGAACUCACAGGAGACAAACCUUAUAAAUGCUUGGAGUGUGGAAAGAGCUUUAGUUCUCUAAAUCCCUAACCAAUCCCUAGGUCUCGACAGGGUCCUAUGAAAUUGGUCCCACAGUUGGACCUCAACUGCUUGGUUGGGCCUCGUAUGGCAAGCAACCUAUGGAGGGCAUUUAUGAAACUCAAAGUGUCCAUGGACUCGAUCACUUCUAUGUGAAUGCUUAAGCAGGUAAAGGCUUUACUACCUGGGGCUGCCUUUGAAGACGGUUCAGAAACUGCAGGUUGUCCAAAAUGCAAUGCCCUGAUUGGUAACAGGGACCAGAUGGUUCAAACGUAUAAAACCAAUUCUGGCCUGCUUGCAUUGGCUGCCUGUAUGUUUCCAAGCUCAAUUCAAGGUGCUGGAUUUGACCUAUUAUACAGCCACAAGAGUGUCUGUAUAGUAUAGCCAGCGGGGAUUUUUCACAUUCUGCCAUGUUAAAUUGAAAAUACCCCCCAUGCCAUUCUGAUGCUUCCCAUAAGCUCAUUUCAAAACAAAAGCUUCCAUAACUUAUAGUCCUGAACUCAGAAACGCUUGCUUAACAGCCCUGUCAAUCUUCAUGGCGAUACACAAAACAGUCAGAGAGAAUAGACAGUUCAAAGUGUAAAAAGAGAGAGAGAAACCUCAGAACCCUUUUGGACUUUUUUCUCUGAGAGUUAUAAUCUGUUGAAAUUCAUUAAAAAUCAGCCAUGUUCACAGAGUACCUGUAAUCCUAAUACUGACCUUGCCCCAUACUCUGACCUUCAUCUGCUGCAGUUUAAAAGUUUAAAAAAUGCCUGGCUGAUUUUUAAUUAAUUUAAUAAAUUUUGGCUGGGACCCAAUGAUAGCGCGGAGCAUGCUCAGUAAGGACCAACUGUCAGAGUUCUAAAAGCCAGACUCACAGCUGCUGGGCUUGGCUAAUCAGAGGGCCACACCUACACCAGACUUGAUUUCACUUGAGACAAUCAUGGCUUCUCUCAAAGAAUCCUGGGAAGUGUAGUUUGUGAAGGGUGCUAAGAGAUUCCUAUUCCCCUGAGAGAAUGGUUUAACAGACAGCCACUCUGAUUGAAGGACUGUGAGGGGAACAGGGCGUCUCCUAGCAACUCUUAGCACCCUUCACUAACUACACUUCCCAGGAUUCUUUGAGAGAAGCCAUGACUGGCCAAUGGGAAAUAAAGGCCUGGUGUGGAUGUGGCCAGGGACAGCUUUGGUUUAAAUUUGGGUGGGAGGCUACAUGUGUCUGCUGUAGAAUAAAAAGGUGGGGGAAAGGCUGAAAAAGAACGAUUCUGUUUACAAUGUUUUCCUUUUGGAAAGGGAAAGGUCUUCCCUUCUGCCCAGUGCCCACCCACCCAAUCUCCUCCCCUCCCACUCCCUGCCCCUUCCCUGGGUCAGUGUUGGACUAUGACCUGGGAGACCAGGGUUUGAAUCCCCACACAGCCAUGUAGCUGACUGGGUGACCUGGGGCCAGUCACAGCCUCUUGGGCUCAGAGGAAGACAAUGGUGAAAUCACCUCUGAAUACCGUCUACCAUGAAAACCCUAUUCAAAGGGUCGCAAUAGGUGGGGAUUGACUUGAAGGCAGUCCAUUUUCAUUUUCAAACAUGAUUGCAUAGAAAUAGAUCCCACUGAACUCAAAAAAUAUGCAAAUGAUCAAACCCACCCUCCCUUCUCCUUAUUCCUAUCCCCUCCUCUUGCCCCUUCCCUCCCCCUUCCUUUGCCCCUCACUCCCCAUCCCCUUCCAAUCCCCUCUUUCUCCUUCCCCUUCCCCCUCCUCCCCUUCCUCCUCCCCAUGGUCAGUUUUACCUAUCUUAAACAUGAUUGCACGGAAGUAAAUACCAUUGAACUCUAUAAGCAUGCAAAUGAUCAAACCUGCCCUCCCCUCCACCUUCCUUUGCCCCCCUCCAAUACGCUCCUUUCCCCCCCUCCAAUACGCUCCCCCUCCUCCUCCCCCAUGGACAGUGUUUCCUAUCCUAACCAAGAUUGCAUAGGAGUAAAUCCCAUUGAAAAUAAGCAUGCAAAUGAUCAGACCUGGUUUUCCCCUCUCCUCUCCCUUCCUCCUCUCCUGCCCACUCAAGCCCUCCCUCCCUCACCCCCCCGGUUAGUUUUACCUAUCCUAGGUAUGAUUGCAUGGGAGCAAAUCACACUGAAUUUAAUAAACAUGCAAAUGAUCAAGCAUGUCCUUCUCCUCCCCUCCCCAUCCUGCCUGCUCCCCUCCCAGUCCUCCCCUCUGCAUUUCCUCCCCUCCCUCUUCCUCCUCCCCUCCCCAUCCUCUGUGGUCAGUUUCACCUAUCCUAAGCAUGAUUGCAGGGGAGUAAAUCCCAUUGAACUCAAUAAGCAUGCAAAUGAUGGAUCCAUUCUCAGCAAACUUGGACAGGAUCCCAUUUCUUACCUCCCAGAUUAAAAAGCAGGGAAAUUCAGUAAUAGGCAAAAAACCUUGCGGUUUAAGAACAUACCUAUAGCCCACAGCUAUUCU